UUUCCCGCUUCCCUCCUCCCUCUGCCCUCGCUAUGCCGCCCAUUGCCGCUUCCCCGCCCAACCACGAUGAGAACGCCCCGCUCCUUGCGUCCCCCUCCCUCGAAGCCGGUACCACAGGACCACCAACACCCUCCCCGCCAUGGCAGUUUUGGAACCGUCCACCGUUCCGCCGCGUACAUUUCGCUGACCAUGACCAGUUUGUCUCCCCGGCCUCUGCCCAUUCAGAAAGCGAAUUAAGUGCGGAUGGGAACGGGGGGUAUGGCACCAAUCCCAAAUAUCCUCGUCAACCGCUGCAGCAAGAAGAGAAGAUGGGCCAAUGGAUGAUGUACUGUCUAUUAGUACUCGUCGGCAUGGUUUUCGGAGCCCUAUUCUCCAGGAACUGGUCUAUAAAAGGGGAUGCCGGGGAUAUGCCCAUGGUACCUCCGGUGUGGACAUUACCUCCUCCCACCGGUCUCCCUAGGAACGACGCGUAUCUUAUCAACGCCACGACCGCUGCCGUCGCUUCUGAAGAUGUCACCUGUUCCAAUCUCGGUCUUUCCAUCAUGCAAGACAAGAAUGGUUCGGCUGUCGAUGCUGCCAUCACUACAACUCUCUGUAUCGGUCUCCUGAAUGCUUUUUCUUCAGGUAUCGGUGGAGGCGGCUUCAUGGUUGUCCGCGUACCAGAGACGCACGAGGUAAAGGAUCAAGCGCUACGUGAUAUUGGGUAUGAUGGUGAGCUGGAGGAAAGCCGAGUGGUUGCCUUGGACUUUAGAGAAACCUGCCCUUCGAACUGUGAGAAGGAUACGUACGGGACUCACAAGGCGGGAAGGAUGGCUGCGCAGGUCGGUGGUUUGGCUAUCGGUGUUCCGGGAGAGCUUAGAGGAUUAGAGGCUGCGCAUAAACUUUACGGGACUUUACCUUGGAAGGAUGUAGUUAUGCCUGUAGCGGAACUGGCCAAGGGAUGGCGUGUAUCCCGUGAACUUGCGAGGCGUCUUCGUCUUUUUGGCGACUUUAUGCUAUCCUCACCCACUUGGUCUGCAGUAUAUGCUCCCCGCGGGCCCUUGCUUGUGGAGGGCGACUUUAUCCAGAGGUUGAACUAUGGCAAGACUUUGAAGAAGAUUGCAGAAGAGGGCGCUAGUGCAUUUUAUCAGGGCGAGAUUGCUGAGAGCAGCGUAAAGACGAUUGCCAAGGCCGGCGGUGUCAUGACUUUGGAUGAUCUUCAAUCAUUUAAAGCGCUUUCUUACCCUGCGAUCCACUCCACCUUCAUGUCCAAAGAGAUUUACACGACCUCUGCGCCUUCUUCCGGCGGGAUCAUGCUCGGUCUGCUCAACAUCCUUGAGCCGCUGAAUAUUACUUCCAACAACGGUCUCAAAAACCCUCUCAACCUCCAUCGUUUCAUUGAGGCGCUCAAAUUCGCUUUCGGAGCUAGAUCCUGGGUGACGGAUCCCGCUUUUGCCGAGGACAGGAAGAGGCUUGAGGAAGUUUAUACCAAGGAAUGGGCUAAUGAGAUUAGAGAAAAAAUUACAGAUAAUGAGACACACUCUGCCGAUUAUUACGGGCUUCAGUACGAUACCCCUAUCGACCACGGGACUACCCACCUUAGCGUUGUAGACAAAUGGGGCGGAGCGGCAAGUGUUACCUCGACGAUCAAUCUUAUUUGGGGAAGCCACGUUAUGGAUCCUAAAACUGGUAUCAUCUUCAACGACGAGCAGGAUGAUUUCGCUGUCCCCGGCGCACCCGACGCAUUCGGUUUAUGGCCCAGUCCGUGGAACUACCCCGCGCCCGGCAAAAAACCACUAUCCUCCACAUCCGCCUCCAUCAUCCUCAACCCCGCCACCGGCUCAUCCCCUUCUCCCUCUUUAUACGCCGUCGUCGGCGGUUCAGGCGGUUCCCGCAUAUUCCCGUCCGUCGCCCAAGUCUUGUUGAACCUCUUUUCAGGGCUUGGUAUCUCCCAGUCGAUCGAAGCGUACAGGGUGCAUAACCAGAUAGUGCCGGAUCUGACUACUAUGGAGGUGGGGCCGGAGGGGGUGGAUGAAGAGGUUGUCAAGGGGUUGAAGGAGAGGGGUCAUAAGAUCGGGGAGUUUGACGUGAAUAUUGGUAUUUCUGAAGUGCAAGCGAUUGUGCUAGAGGAUGGACAUAUAUUUGCGUCGAGCGAUUCUAGAAAGAACGGUAUAGCUGCGGGUUAUUAAUUUGAAUCCAAGCAUUUUGUAUAGUCUGAUUGAAUGUUGGC